CGAGUUGAGCUUCGAGGAAACUCCACCGACCACGAAGUGGCCUCAUCAUCCUCUCUCUCCCAUCCCCCCAAUCCCCGUAUUCCUCCUGCGGUUGGCAUAUUCAAUAGAGCACCUCGCUCCCACUCGACCACUGAAUCCUGAUUGCAAGCCGAUUUCUCCUCGCGCUGGCGGCCAACCAGUGAACGUUCCAUCCCCACCGUCUUAUCGAAGCCCCCCUUUGGUUAUAUCGAACGGCUUAUUCUAAACAUGGCUUCUGAGGCUGUUCCCAACGGCACCACCUCCGAGGGCUUGACCCCGGCCCAGAAACUGAUGGAGCAGCACAGUCACCGCCCAACCGUCGAAGAGGUUGUGGACGAGGAGGACCUUGUUCAUCCGCCCUCGUCCGCUCCCCUGAAUGCAUCCGAACCCGCCGCACCUCUGAGCGAGAAAGCCGCUGGCAAACAAAAGGCCGAGGGAAGCCCUGCUCCCUCCAAGAAGCCUGAGGUCCCUUUCAAUACUGCCUCCGAGGAAAUGUUCCCGGCCUUGGGUCCUGUCAAGCCUCGUCCUGCCGCCGCAGCUCCUAGCUGGGGAAAGAAACCCUCUUCCGGCUCCGGAGUCAACGGUAAUACAAAUGGAAACGCUUCCAGCAAUGCUGCUUCCCGAUCCUCGACCCCCGCGGCCGGUAUGCAAGGUCCCGCCAUCAUGAGCAUGCCUGGAAAGGACAGCGAUUCAAUCUUCUUCCUUGGAAACGAGAUCAUCCCCCCUAAGCAGCUCAAGAAACCCGUCAAUGAACUCAUCCGCGACAUCAACAGACGUUCGAAGGCGAAGCUUGAGUACAAAGUUGGGGGACCUCAAGGCCUUGUUACAUUUACGGCCACGGGUCCCAAGGAUGCUGUCCGCCAGGCAUUGAAGGACAUUGCUAACGAAGUGGCUGCCAAGCAAACCACAAGGGUCUCAAUCCCGGCCUCUGUUCGUCCCUUCAUCAUCGGAAAGGGCGGCGCCAAGAUCCAGGAAAUUUCCAAACGCAGUGGUGCUCGUAUCCAGGUCCCGAAACCUGAACCUGGUGAGGAUGAAGACACCAUUGUGGAUGUUAUCAUCGAGGGCAAUGCAUUGACCAACAAGAUGGCCAAGCAUGAGAUUGACAAUAUCGUCAAGGACCGUACCUCCACCGUGAAUCUGCGUCUCAAAAACAUUCCCGCGGAGUAUUAUCCAUUCUUAGCCGGUCCGCACAACUCUUUUGUCAACAGCCUGGAGAAUGGCCGUGAUGUUCGCGUCCAGAUCCCCCACUACACUACUUGGAACACUCAGGCUCCGCCCCAAGUUCCCCGCAACCAACCUGUACCUUUUGUACCUCAGGCGCAGUUGCCCAUCCAGAUUGUUGGUGAUCGAGAGCACGCACAGGCGGUUCAGGCUGAACUUGAACGCCAAGUACAGCGCCUCCAACAGCAACUGGCUAUGGAGCAGCGAUCUAUCGAGCGGGGACGCCACCAGUUCAUAAUCGGAGACAACGGCAGUUCUUUGCACGACUUCCUCCAGGAAACCGGCUGUACCAUCAUCCUACCUCCAAGCCAUGAUGACAGCGAGACAAUCUACAUUGUUGGCCCUGCUGAUAGGCUUGAAGCGGGUGUGAAUAAGUUGGAGGAUCUGGCUGCUAGCAUGCAGAUGGCCAUUGUGGACGCAGCCAGGGAACACCGUGGUGCACCGCAGUCGCAUGCCUACAAUCUAUCUCGGUACCUUCGUCAACGGCAGGCCCUUGAAGAGCUUGAACGCUUGCAUGAGGCGAGUAUUGUCGCUCCUAAAGGCCGACACGGGCCCACUGCCUGGGAAAUCUACGCUAGGAACGGGAAGAACGCCCAGAAAGCCCGUGGUGAUAUCCAAAGCGUCUUUGCCAGUCAUCCCCCUAGCAGGUUCGCGACCGUCAAUGUGGACCCCUUCUAUCACCGGUUCCUCCAGCAGCGUAACGCUCAGCACAUCCGUGAUGAGCAUGGUGUGCAUAUCGUCUUCCCUGAGGAUUCAGAUGACGAGGACCUGAUUCUGGUCUAUGAGGGUCUUACCCCUUCCUCCGAAUAUUCCAUCCCCCGCGGUCCGCCACCAGCCUCGGAAUUGAGCGCCUACCAGAGAGGACUAGAGCAGGCCCAGCAAUACAUUCGAAACCUCACCAAGGCGCAGCAGAAUAUCGUUUCCCGCGAUAUUGAUGCACCUCCCAAGUUCUACAACAAGAUCGAGCGCUAUGUAGACAAGCAGCAGCAGAACCUCCCCCGUGAUACCAUUCCCGUCCAGGUAUCGUUCGGCGACCGACGACCGCGUGAAGCACGACGACGAUCUAAUAGCGGAGUGGCCAUGCGGGGACCGGCUGAUGCCGUCGAGGACCUUGCCAAGAAGAUUCUCGCCUUCAUCGAGCAAGAGGAGAAGGAUGAGCUGGAGCGCGGUCAUGUUACUAUGUUCGAGUUCCCUCAAAAGUAUGCGAACAUUUUAAUCGGCAGAGGCGGUGAAAACAUCCGUAAACUGCGCGAAGAGUUUGAUGUCGAUAUCCAGGUUCAGGAUGGACAGGUCGUGCUCAAAGGUCCCCAGUCUAAGGCGAAUGCCUGCAAGGCACACAUCCUUUCUUUGGCAAAGCGACUUGAAGAUGAGGCUACUUACGUCCUUAAGAUCAAGCCCCAAUACCAUCGUGACUUGAUUGGCGCCAAGGGCAGCCAGGUUAACAGGCUCCAGGAUCGCUACAAGGUCCGCAUCAACUUCCCUCGCUCCAGAGCGAACGACGAUGACGAGUCCACCGCGGGAGGUGCGUCUCAGCGGAACGUCCGCAACCAAGCAGCAGAUGAAGUUGUCAUCCGGGGUCCGCGCAAGGGCGCUGAUGAGGCGCGCGAAGAGCUCCUGAACCUGCUUCAGUGGACGAUCGACAAUUCGUACACCGACACCGUCUCCGUUGCCCAAAGCCAGAUUCCCUCGUUGAUUGGAGCUGGCGGCCGUGAAAUGGAGAACCUUCGCCUCACCACUGGCGCUCAGAUCGAUGUGCCCGGUGCGAAGGAGAGCAAUGAACCUUCAGGCCGUGCCGAGAUCAAGAUUAAGGGCACCAAAAAGCAGGUCGAGGAGACAAAGAAGCUGUUGCAGGAACGCGCCAAGGUGUUCGAUGAGACAGUAGUCAAGACAAUCGACGUGGACAGGAAGCACCAUCGGACUCUGAUCGGCAGUAAUGGUUCCAACAUCCGUCAAAUAGUCGCGGCUGCUGGUGGCCCGGACAACGCGCGGGAGCUCGCACGCAUGGUGAGGUUCCCUCGUGCGGAUUCUGCCGAGUCAACCAUCCGCGUCGAAGGCCCUAUGGAUGUGGUAGAGAAGAUCAUCGCAUCUAUUGAGGCGCAAGUCCAGUCCCUUGAGAACCAGACCACUGAGACUAUCGAUGUCUCCCCCGAUAAGCACCGCCUCCUUAUCGGCCGUGGUGGCGAGACUCGCCGCGCCAUCGAAUCGAAAUUCAAGGUUCAGCUGGACAUCCCCAAGCAGACCGCUACUGGGGCGGCUCGGAACCAGGUGAAAAUCACGGGCGAGCCUGCUCAGGUUGAGAAGGCCAAGGAACACAUUCUCGAUCUUGUCAAGGGUCAAGAGGGCGAGACGGUGCAUGUACCGCGUCACCUCCAUCACUUCAUCUCGGACAAUGGUCAGUUCUUCCGCCGCCUCCGCAACGAGCAUAAGGUCACCGUCGACCAUGGUGGUCAUGAGAUCCCUUCCAGACCUGCCGUUUCUGAAGCAGGCAAGGCACGCAAGACCGCCAACGGCGGCUCUCUGCCUCUGAUUACGGAUGAAGAUGCGGGCUCUGGAGCCGAAGAGCGCUACUCCUGGGAGAUUAUUGACCACAAUCCCGCCGAUGCCGAAGACACCUCCGCAACCAUCCCCUGGAUCCUGCGCGGCCCCGCCGAAAACCUCCCGCGCGCCAAGCAGGCUCUGGAGAAGGCUAUCGAGAACGCGUCUAAGCCCAAGUCUACGGGCUACCUCAUCCUGCCCGACCCGCGGAGCUACAGGCUCGUCGUCGGUCCCGGCGGCAGCACGAUCAACAGCAUACGCAAGAAGACGGGCACGAAUGUGCAGGUACCGAGGAACCAGGCGCAGGGCGAGGCGAUUGAGAUAUCGGGCCCCAAGGAAGGGGUCGAGGAGGCACGCAAGAUGAUUCUGGAGAUUGUGAACAAAGGAGGGAGCAAUGGGGGGAGUGGUGGAGGCAGGAAGUAGGACUCCUCGCCGCCGCCGCAAGGGGAAUCGGUUCCUUUGAUGAUGAUGAGUUGUAGUGGGUGAUGAUGGGCCGGGUUAGGGAUGGGUUGAGGAAUUGGAAGGGGGAGGGGAGGGGUUAUCCUUAAGUUUUCGAUCAACCAAACGAAAAGAAUGCGAGAUGGGGGUUUUCUUCCUAGGUAGACGGGUGCCAGGGGAUAAAGGAAAAAAGGGAAAAAAUGACAAUGUGUCAGGUACUGUGAUUUCCUCUUAUGGUAGACAUGUGGUGGUUGCUCGUUGUGGUGAUUGUGUCGUGUUGGUUUUUACACUGACAAGUAGUUACGUCCGGCUGGAUAACUAAACCUACUGAAGUUCCUCUGUACACAGCAAUCACCUGUUCCGCACAAGGCAAUUGGC